UAUUGAUCGCAUCUCAGCUGGACAAACAUACCUGCUUUAAAUUAACAGGCUACUACAGUGCAGAACGGAUCGACUUUAAAAAAAUCCAUUUUUCAGCGGUAUCUCUUCCUCCACCGCAAUGACCACCCGCAAGAGGAACGAGUUCCUCGACAUCGUCGACAGCGACGACGAAGAAGGACAAGGCAGUGAAGCUGGCUACGAUUCCGAAGCCGCAGAGGAAUCCAAAGUACGAUCUGUGAAGCGACGGAGGACAAGAACGGGAAACAACGCCGGAUCUGACACCGGCUCCGACGACGACUCUUCCGACGGGGAAAGCCGCACGGCGAAGAUCAAGACGAAGAAGCGCGCCAAGUCGACCACCACAGCCGAAGAUGAAGACGACGACGAAGAUUCAGACGGCGGCAUGGACCUCGACGGCGAGAUCGACGAAGAAAAAGACGAAGACGACCACUACCUCGACGCAACCGCGCACAAGUCAACCACCAGCAGCAGCACGAAAAAGGGCGCAACCAAGCCCCCCAAGAAGAACAAAACUGGCGUGGUAUACCUCUCCUCGCUACCGCCGUACCUCAAGCCCUUCGCGCUCAAAUCCCUGCUCGAGACGCGCGGCUUCAGCCCCAUCACGAAAGUAUUCCUGCAGCCCGAGGUCCGCGGGGCGUCCGCGCCGCGCCGCCGGUCCAAUAAGCGGAAGAUCUACACGGACGGGUGGGUGGAGUUUGCGUCUAAGAAGACGGCGAAGAUUUGCGCGGAGUCGCUGAAUGCGUCCAUUGUGGGCGGCCGCAAGGGUAGCUGGUACCACGAUGAUGUGUGGAAUAUGAAGUAUCUGCGUGGGUUUAAGUGGGCGGAUCUGAUGGAGCAGGUGCAGCGGGAGAGAUCGGAGAGGGAGGCUAGGCAGAAGAUCGAGGAUGCGCGUGCGCGCAAGGAGGAUCAGGUCUUUGUGGAGGGUGUUGAGCAGGGGAAGGUUAUUUCGGGGAUUCAGAGGAAGAAUGAGGAGAAGGAGAAGAGGGGGAGGAAGGAGGGUGCUGGGCUGGGUGGGGAGAAGAAGGGGAGGAAGGGAGAUGGGGAAAUUCGGAGAGUGUUUAGGCAGAAUGAGGUCAAGCUGGGUCGUGAUAAGGUGCCUGCUGGGCGUGCGGCUCUUGGGGAUGAUGCGAAGAAGGUCCUGGCUAAGAUUUUUUGA